AUGACGUCCUAUAUGCAGGUGAAGCCGAAGCUAAAGUACCGCAGCGUUGGAAGCUACUACACGGCGACCCACUUUCCGGACGAGAUCCUUCGGUCGGCCCUCAGCUACGAACCACAACCGGAAGACGUCUUCAUCGUCACGUACCCGAAAUGCGGCACGACCUGGUUGCAGUCCAUCCUGUACAGCAUCUACACCAACGGUGCACCCGUGGAGUCCGUUGAGGAUUUCGCAAAGAAAAUGCCCUUCCUGGAAAGGAUGGGCGCAGAAGGUUUGGCUGACCUCGUCAGGCCAGGCAGUGCCAUCAAGACCCACAUGCUGUACGACCCGAACCGCAUGUCCAAGCAGGCCAAGUACAUUUACCUCGCCAGAAACCCGUACGACUGCUGCGUGUCCUUCUACCACCACCACAAGUUCUUCCCGUUUUACCUGUUCGAAGACGGUACGUUCGACGAGUUCUUCGAGCAGUUCAUGAGUGGCCAAGUCGACUUCGGGGACUACUUCGACCAUCUGCUCUCCUGGUACCCGCAUCGGGACGAGCCCAACGUCCUUUUGAUGACCUACGAAGACCUGAAGCAGGACACACGGUUCUGGGUGCAGAAGGUGGCCGACUUCUUGGGGAGCUGCUACGGCGAUAGCUUGAGGGAGGAUCCUGCUGCCAUGGAGAGGAUCCUCGACGCGGCCACUAUGGACAGCGUGCGAGAGUUGUUCUGGCGUGAGAAGGACUACAGGCGACAGGUGUCGACGGUGAUUCCCGUAGAUCAGAUUCCCCGAUGGGCUUCUCUUUUCGCGGACGUGGUGGGAAAUCUACAAAGAAAGCCGCACGGCGAUGAGUUUGUGCGCAAGGGGAUAGUCGGUGAUUGGAAGAACUACUUUAAGCCCGAGCAAUGCGAGAGGUUGAAGCGUAGGGCGAGGGAGAGAUGCAGCGAAGUUAACGCCUUAGAACUGUGGAAACACUUGGACAUCUUUUGAAUAAUUCCUCCAUCAUAGAAUCCGACCACAAACUCGAGGAAGUCAUUUGCGAUUAGUUGAUUGUGGGAUAUAUAGGUGACAGCUCCGCAAAGUAGAGAUGCUGAUGCGGUCUGUGUGCCUUUUAGUUCUUUUUUGUUUGUUUAUUGUCGCGCUCUAGAAGAAAAAAAGAAAAGAGAAGAGUGUGUUGUAAAAAGUAAUAAAAUG